GCUCGCUCACACUUUUAGUUUCACUAUCCCCAGAACCCUCCAACCUCCUCCUCUCAAAAAUGGCCGCCGUCGCCGCCAUUCGUCCCUUGGUCUCAGUCCAAACCGUCGAAGGAGACAUGGCCACCGAUCAGUCCCACACCGUGGCCUUACCCGACGUCAUGAAGGCCUCGAUCCGACCCGACAUCGUCACCUUCGUCCACUCCAACAUUUCCAAGAACAGCCGCCAGGCCUACGCCGUCUCCAGGAAGGCCGGCCACCAGACCUCCGCCGAGUCCUGGGGUACCGGCCGCGCCGUCUCCCGUAUCCCCCGUGUCCCCGGAGGCGGCACCCACCGCGCCGGCCAGGCAGCCUUCGGCAACAUGUGCCGCGGCGGCCGCAUGUUCGCUCCCACCAAGAUCUGGCGCCGCUGGCACCGCAAGAUCAACGUCAACCAGAAGCGGUACGCCAUCGUCUCCGCCAUCGCCGCUUCCUCGGUUCCGUCUCUGGUCACCGCCAGGGGUCACAAGAUCGAGAAUGUUCCCGAAUUGCCCCUGGUCAUCAGCGACACCGCCGAGGGCGUCGAGAAGACCUCCGCGGCUAUCAAGCUGCUGAAGCAGAUCGGGGCUUAUGAUGAUGCUGAGAAGGCCAAGGACAGCCACUCGAUUCGGCCCGGGAAGGGGAAGAUGAGGAACCGCCGGUACAUCAACCGCAAGGGGCCGCUCAUUGUCUACGGCACCGAGGGGGCUAAGCUCGUCAAUGCCUUCAGGAACAUUCCCGGAGUUGAUAUCAUCAAUGUGGAGAGGCUCAAUCUGCUGAAGCUCGCACCUGGUGGCCAUCUCGGCCGGUUUGUUAUCUGGACCAAGUGUGCUUUUGAGAAGCUGGACUCGAUUUACGGGUCGUUUGAUAAGCCCUCGGAGAAGAAGAAGGGGUAUGUGCUGCCCAGGGCUAAGAUGGUCAAUGCUGACCUUGCUAGGAUUAUCAACUCCGAUGAGGUUCAGUCUGUUGUUAGGCCCAUCAAGAGGGAGGUGAAGAGGGCACCACUGAAGAAGAACCCGCUCAAGAAUCUCAACACCAUGCUCAGGCUUAACCCGUAUGCUAAGACUGCCAAGAGAAUGGCGCUGUUGGCUGAGGAGCAGAGGCUUAAGUCCAAGAAGGAGAAGCUCGACAGGAAGAGGAAGCCCAUUUCAAAGGAGGAAGCUUGUACCAUCAAGGCAGCUGGAAAAGCAUGGUACCAAACGAUGAUCUCCGACAGUGAUUACACCGAGUUUGACGUCUUCCAGAAGUGGCUUGGUGUAUCCCAGUGAUUCACUGCUUUAGUUUAUUAUGAUUUGGUCUUUACCUGUCUUAUUGUAUGUGGGAGGACAAUGUGUUUUUCCUCUAAGCUGUUGUCUUGCGGGAAUUAUCACUAGUCUAAUUUUUCAAUUUUGUUCUAUGACAAUGUUAGCUACUUUGGUUUGGUUAUUUAUCUUCCAGAUUUUCAACUUUUA